UCCCGGCCGAUUCGCAAGUUCUAUUGCACAGCGUUGUGGGAUUAUACAUUCUAGAAAAAUAAAAGAUAGCCCUGGAAGGGGGAGGUAUUCGGUAAACAGCUUACGUGAAUAAUUUACCACAGGCAUUCCGAUUCACGAUAAUACACCGGGUAAGGGUUUAUUUGUUCUGGUCUCCUUUUUUAUCGUUACGUAAUGGGCAACCACGCUUCAAGGAUGCAACCUUUGUUAACGGCCGCUGGCUUCGACUUCGGUAUUCAGUGGGUUCUUUGGGCUUUUGCCUCAGCCUUUCGAACCGAAAAGUUUUACGACCUCGCUGGCUCUGCGACGUACAUUUUUCUGGCCUGGCAAACUCUUCUUUCCUCCGGCAAGUUCAAUUUUCGACAACUUGUGCAAACUGGCUGUGUCACCGCAUGGGGAUUACGACUUGGCUCGUUUCUCUUCGCCAGGGUUCUUCGUGACGGCCGAGACAGUCGCUUCGAUAAAGUCCGGGACAAUCCCAAGGUUUUCUUCAUCUACUGGUCCAUCCAAGGAGUAUGGGUAUUUAUAACCCUGCUACCAACCCUACUUCUCAAUACCAAACGGGAAGAUCCGGAAUUGGGAUGGAAGGAUUACCUAGGCUGGGGACUGUGGAGCGCGGGCUUCCUGUUAGAGGCUCUGGCAGAUCAUCAGAAAAGUGUGUUCAAGGCUAAUCCAUCAAGUAAGGGUAAAUGGAUCUCCACUGGUGUCUGGAGCCUUUGCCGUCACCCUAAUUACCUCGGGGAGAUAGUGUUGUGGACAGGAUUGUUCAUGUCUGCUAGCAGUGUAAUGAAAGGUGUGGAGUAUGGAAGCGUCAUAUCCCCUAUCUUUGUCACUUUCCUACUUACCAAGGUGAGCGGCAUACCAAUCCAAGAUCGCCAGGCACUCAAGCGUUGGGGAGAUGUGGCAGCAUACCAAGAGUAUCGCAGGAAGACAGCCAUGCUAAUUCCAUACAUAUGGUGAAGGAAGAUUAAGUGUUCUAUUCAUUGUCAGAAUUCCAGACAAGUAGAACAAUAGUUAGUGUACAAUGUAGUCCUAAUGACUGCUACAUAAGAAGACACCCAUACAGACCCAUACCUCACACACACAAAAAAGAAAAAAAAUCCUGUAUCUACCCAGUUUCCUACAUAAAUGAUACCAAGUGUUCUGUCCAUUGUAGAAAUUACAAUUAAAACUAUGUAGUUUUCAUGCACAUUGUUAUCAGAUUAGAUAUCCAUCCUUUGCUAAAUUCCCAUUUUGUUGGAUUUCCAUUGAUGAAUAUUAAAGCUUUUUAAGUGCCACAACACUUAUUCCUUGUAAGAUAGGGUUUUGUCAGCAAUCUCAUAUUUAUCUUUGUUUUUGUGAUGAAUGAUCCUAAAUAAAUGCAACUGCAACUACAA